CAGUAGUUGUUACAGUUCUUGCGUUCAGUUUAAAAUUAAUAUUCAACCGCGGUACUUAAAGUAUAUCAUAAUUACUUCAUGUAAAUUAUUUUAUAGUCAGGACUAAUAAUCAACAGUAACACGAAAAAUAAUAAAGUUUUCAUCAAAUGAACUCAUUAUCAAGCAAUUUGUUAUUGGAGUGAAAAAUAAUUGAUUAUUAUUUAUCGUAAAUGAACAAAUAAUCGGAUGAUAGUAAAAAAAUAGAGACAAUGGUCGGGGAAAAAAGUAAAAGCAAUAUUAUUUACUACGAGUGUCACAAGGGAUUAGUGAAUACUAAUCGAGUUGUCGAUCGAUUGCCAAAUCGAAGGCCCGUCCACGUCCGGCCUGUAACGGUACACGGUGGCGAGGCCAAUAAAAAUGAAAAUAAUACCGAGGAUUUGAGACAAAUAAGGAGCCAUCAUUCAAGACAAUACUCCUGGCAGGAGUCAUGGAUGUGCGAAGUAAGUAUAUCAUCAGCCCGUGCGUCGGUGAUGGUUUACGACGACGUGAACAAAAGGUGGAUUCCAAGUGGUAGCUCCUCAGGAUUGUCAAAAGUUCAACUUUAUCACCACGUUGUACACAACACGUUUCGUGUCGUUGGACGAAAACUCCAAGAUCACGAGAUUGUAAUUAACUGCGCGAUACUCAAGGGAUUAAAGUACAAUCAAGCAACAGGAACAUUUCACCAAUGGCGUGAUAACAAUCAAGUUUACGGUCUCAAUUUUUCAAGCAAAGAUGACGCUGAUGCCUUUGCACGUGCAAUGUUGCAAGCACUUGAUGUGCUGAGUAAUGGCAGCAACAUAUCGAGGAGUUUAGUACCAGCAGGAACACCAGCAGGUCAACAGCAAACUGUCUAUCCCCAGCAACCCCAGCAGCAGCCGACUCAGGCUAACGCACAAUACGAAGAGGAUAUGGGAUACAGAACUAUGACCCGGGAAGACGUUGCAAUUAUUCAGGAACGUAGAAUGUCUCAACAAAGUCAAAGUUCAAACGGGCCAAACGCCGUUUCUCCCAGUUGUCCAUCAGUGAACCCCCAGUCACAGCAACAGCAACCUGUACAGCAGCAGCCGCAGCAGUCUGGACACCACAGAACGUCUUCAGCACCGCCAGCGCCUCAGCCCCAGCCUCCACCAAUGCCCGGAGCGAUGAUAAUACGGCCGCAGAUACCUGGUCCUCCGGCACCACCACCGCAGCCUCCAGCGGCACCACCAGCGCCUCCUUGUCCACCAGCGAUGAUGAACAUCAAUGCCCCAGUGCCGCCCCCGAUGAUAAAUCAGUACGCACAAUCAUCAUCCCAAACGAACGUUAUCGCGAAUCAGCCCAACUCUCAACCCCAAAAUAUUUACGGCAAUAAUAAUAUUAAUAAUCAGAAUAAUAAUCAGGCAAAUAACAAUAAUCAGUACUCCAGCACACAGUCAAAUCAGUACGCUAGUAAUUCAAAUGUCUGUCAGAGUCAGUACUCGAGUCAGAGUAGUCUUUACGGGAGUAAUAAUCAAAAUUAUUCGCAGUCAAAUAACGCAAUAUCUGUAGCGCCGGGUAGUCAGUACGCGAGUAGUCAAAAUUCACAGUACGCUGUUGCGGGAAAUAAUGUUGCUGUUGCUGGUAAUAAUCAGUACGGUAGUAACAGCUCGAUAAAUCAGUACGCAAGUUCACCGAAUCAGUUUGUACAGCAACAACAGCAACAAGCUCAAGUAUCUCAGUACGGAGUCGUGGGCCCAGUUGCCCAAGGCCAGUACGCCGGGCAAAAUGCUAAUAACGUUGUCAAUAACCCCUACGGGACACCUGCUAAUUCCGUUAAUCAGUACGCAACUGGGCCUGCGGUUAACGCUAACGCUUAUCCUCCCGUUGGCAGCAAUGGUCCUCCACCACCCCCGAUGGGUCCACUCGUUGGUCCUGCUGCUCCACCCCCACCUCCGCCCCCGCCUGCUCCCAACGCUGAUGCUACCAAGAGUGCUCAAGGUACUAAUAAUACUAACUCGUCUGUGCCUGAAUCUGCGCCCGAUGUUAAUUCCUUGGCAGCUGCGCUCCAAGCCGCCAGGUUGAAAAAGAAACAGCAACAAGCGCAGUCAGCAGAAAAUAGUCCAUCUAGUGGCGGAGGUGGCGGCAAUUACGGAACUCUCGGACGAGGAGGAGGCGGUGGAAUGGCUUCCAUGAUGGAUGAAAUGGCUAAAACACUGGCACGUCGUCGGGCAGCUGUUGAAAAAAAACAACCGGAGCAACCUCCAGAACCAGAGAAUUCACCAGACAAAAAAUGGGACAAAAAUAAUGCGAAUAAUAAAUUUUCAAAUGGAGCAGAGUCACCAAAGUCGGCGCGCAAAAGGUUUGGAUCUGCAUCCGAAGACACUUUACUCCGAGUUAAUGGUGUUAAUGACGGGGCCUUGCUUACUGCUCAAGAAAUGGAGGCCUUCAAAGCUGAAAUAAUAAAAGAAGUGCGAAAAGAGUUUCAGAAAAUGAAACAAGAGAUAAUUGAUGCAUUGAAAGGAGAAUUGAAUCGAAGGUAAAGAUUUAUACAGCUUAAAACAGACAAAUAAACAAGAAUAAUAAAAUAAAAAAAAAAAAAACUGAUAAAUAAAGAAGAGAGAUUUGACUAGAUAGUUGAACUUUACCAUUAUCAUCGACAAACAACCACUUUAACGGUUUUUAUUACAUACUUGCGAUAACAAAGUGUAGUAAUAUCCAUGUAUAUCUGCCAUUUGUGUGUAAGUACAUUAAUCUAGCUUAGAAAAUUAACUUUAAGUUGAGUUUAAUUUCUAUACCCAGUUACUAUUAUUAAAAAAACUGUUUCUUUUAUAUAAAUUUAUUAAUCUAUUGAAUUUCUAUCGGAAUUCCAAAUUACUGAGCCAUCCACAAGCUUUUAUAUUUUAUACUUUUAAAAUUUACAUUUACCGACAACUUAAAAAUAAAAAUUUUCAUUUUAAUGUCGCGGCUUUUUGAAAAUUUUAUUAUUUAUAAAAUAUGGGUGUGAAUGCAGCUGACGAUUGACAAUCUUAUAUAUUUUUAAAUAAACAAAUAAAAGUUCAAAUGCGUAUGCAGAUGAUUCAAAAAUCAGUUACCCGGUUUUUUUUAAAUUUCAUUAUUUCAGUUAUUAAAAUUAUUUAUUUAAAACUUUUAAAUUGUCUCAUUCUGAUACAUUUACACUCAUAAAAUAUUUAAAAUACGACGAUUGUGAUUUAAUAUUCCUGGCUGUAUUCGUAUAAGUACAUAUCAAUUAUACAUUCCGUUUAAUUUUUCAUUAAACUUUUUUUUACUACAAUAUUUAAAACUCGUCGUAAAAAAAAUUUAAACUACGAUAUUUUUAUUUCAUAUUUUAAUUCCCAUGACAUUUAAAUGAAAAAAAUAUUCGCGAUAUCAAUGGAAAAAAAAAAAAACAAUAGUGAGUUCAAAUAAAUGCAUUGAAAAUAUGAUACUGAAGUUAGCUGACGUCUUAUAAUUUUUGGAUUUUUUAAAAAAAAAAUAUUUCAAAAAAUUGCACUUAUAGUUUUUUAAAUUUUCUACAUAUGCAUUUUUUUAGUAAUUAAUUUGUUGCAAAAAAAAAAUCCGGAAAUUGUAAAUUGUCUACUAACUUCAGAAUCAUUUGAAAAAUAGCAGACUUAAAAAUCUAUAAAUGACAGCAAUAAAAAUAUUUAUUAUUACUAUUGACAAUUAAGAAGCACGUAAAUGGAUUUCGAUAGUCGAUAAAUAAAUUUAAAAAAAAGUAACAUAAUAAUAAUAUUAAUAAGGAACAGAGUUACUCGUAUUAGCAGAAGUAAUGUGUCGCGGUUAUUUGCACAAUCUUCUGUGACUGAAGUAAAUAAAAGUCAGUCUAUAUUUAAACCUAAUAAGUAAAUAUACAAAGGUACUAUUAAUUUUAAAAUAAAAUUUUCACUGGAUUUAUAAAUAAAAUUUUCUAAUAUUUUUUUCUUAUUAAGACUGAGCUAAAACAAGAGCAAUUUAAUUAUCUAUUUAUAAUAAUUAAAUAAAUAAUAAAAAAAAAAAAGUUAUUAAAAUUAACACUCGUAUUAAAUACUGAGUAAACGAAUGGACAAUUUGAUUGUAACUGACAGGUUUUAAUUAUUUGACUGAUAAAAAAUAUGAGAAGCUGAAGGGCUGCACAAAUUUAUCUGAUAAUUUUAAAAUAAAUUUAAUUGGGAACUUAUAAUUAUUUAUAAAAUCACUAAGAUUUAAAAUUUAAUAAUAAUAAUAAUAUUGAUUAAAAAUAAUAAUAAUUAAUAUAUCAAUCUUAUAAGUAAAGAUAAAUAUUAAAAGGCUGAUUGUCGUACUCCGACGAUUUUAAUGCGUCGUGCACAUGCUUUUGCUAAACUAAACUACUCUUCCCGUGUAAUAUAUAUAUAUCAGUAUAAAAUAUUAAGUGCUUCUUAGGCUUUUUAUUUAAAUAUAAAACUUAUUAAUGAUAAAAGUUAUUUAUAAUUGGAUGUAUUUAUAUUAAAUUUUAAUUAAAACAAUUAAAGUACCAAAAAAAAAAAAAUUUAAUUACUUGUGAAAAUGGCUUUGUGGAUAAUUAUAGUCGAGAUAUUAAAUGAGUUUAUGCUUAAAGGCAUUCUCAGUGUCCCCCACUAUUUAAAAAUAUCCCAUGACUUUAAAUUGUAAUGACGGUAUUCAAAUUUUUAUAAUUAAUUAAAAAAAAUUAAAAUAUUAAUUAAAAAAGAACAAUUUCACUGAGACAUAAAUUUAAAAAAAAAUUACAGUUGGGAGUUUAAUGAAAUUUUAAAAAUAAAUUUCAGUCAAAUUUUCAUAAUUUGAAUUUUUAAAUUUUGUAAACUAGAAUUUAUUUAAAAAAUUUUAUUGAAUUAUUUGAUGUACUGUAAGUAAUUUUUUUUAAAAUCAAUCAACAAAAUUGUAACUGCGUUGUCUCCUUUUUAAUUUAAUGUUAAAAUUUGUUUUUAAUUAAUUAAUUAAAUUUUCAUACUGGUUACAGUUCAAGGUCACUAAAUAUUUUAAAAAAUUGGAGGAACUGUUAGAGAAUGUCUGUAAUGUCGCAUUAAAUUCCAUUAAUCGUUUUUUUAAAUUUUUUUUUUAAGUGAGAAAUGUGCACUCGAUUUAAAUUGAUAAUUAAUAAUUAUUAAUUAUUAAAUAUAAAGCUUGAAUUGUCAUACUUAUAUAUCUCAAUUGUCUUAUCAUAUAUUUUAUAUUUCUUUUGUACAUAUUAAUCUUAUUCCUUCCAUUAACACAUAUUUAUUUUUAAUUAUUUACGUUUAGUUUAAUUUAAAAUUAAUCAGCAAAAAACAUAAUUUUAAUUAUUAAUAAAAUUUUGAUAAAAUUUAUCAUCAUGGAUUUAAACCACCAGUGAGUUACUAUAAUUAUUUAUACUUUUUAUAAAAUAUUUAAUUGUCAAUUACAAUGUUUAUCAAUAAAUCUUAAAUGUUUAAAAAAAAUUAGCGGGAAAAAUUUGAAAAUAAUUAUUGCGAUAUAGGACCAGAAAAAAAAAAUGGAUAGUAUUAAGCAGCAUUUACGCGUUAAAUAUAUCAAUUGCUGAAUUUGUAGCUCUAAUAUUUGUAAUAAAAUAAAAAAAAAAAAAUGAUUAAUGUACAAGACCCAAUUAUUGACAUUUGAAUUUUGUUGCUUUGAGUUUAUCUAAUUAAAAUUAAUUAAUUUAAAUUUCAAAGAAUACGAGAUCAAAGUCACUUUUUAGUUAAUUAUUAAUUUUAAGUCCCAGUAAAGAGAAAAAAUUGAAUGAAUAAUUAACUAAAAUAAUUUAAAAUUCCGACUCUAUCUUUUGAAAUUUAAAUAAUCUACAAAUAUUUUCAUAUUUUUAGAAUUUAAAAUUAUGAGUGAUGGGAAUCCCAUAAAGAUUUUAUAACGUGCCAAUAAUUGGUACAUUUGAGUAAUUAAAUAAAAUAUUUUAUAUUUAUUAACAAAAAAAAUCAUUAAAUUUAAUGCAAUUAAAAAAUAUAUAUUCCAUAUUUAUAUUAAAUAUAUUAAAUAAUAAUAAUAUAUGUCUGAUAUAUUCGUUGGUGUCAAUAAUUGGGACUUACUUUAGUUAAAGCCGCCAGUUUAUUUAACUGCGUGAAUAACGAAUUGAAUGUGAAUGAAAAAAAAAAAAAUAAAUAAAAUGAAACGAACAAAUAAAGUAAUUAUAGCGAAGCUAUUGUAUUGUAUCUUGAAAUGUAAUUACUUAAAUCCAAACAUAUUCUCAUCAAGAGAAAAAAUAUUUAAAAAUAAAAUAUUGACCAUAAACAGUUUUCGAUAAUUUUUUAUGUUAAAUUCCAGUAAAACUGUUUAUGCUCUUACUGUUUUAAUUAAAAACAAAAAAAAAAAAUUAAAAUAUUGUAUUGGAUUUUAUUGUAAUAAGAUAAUUAUAAUUAUGAUUAUUAAUUGAAUAAGAAUAAGUUGUCUCAAUUGUACAGUUGUACACGUAAAUAAUUGUUCUCAUUGUAAUAUUUUAAAAUACGGAUUAUUCGGCAAGACGUCGCGAGUAAACAACAGAUUUAAAUUCAUUUUUUAACUCAUUUUUAACUUGUGGUAUGUUCGGAUCCUUCAGUGGGCCGCCUGCUAUAUACCCGGGAGAAUUUGAAUUCAUAAUUAAAUUAUUUAGAAAAAAAAAGAAUAACCAAUAAAAAGAAAAAUGUAUAAAUUAUCAGUGUAAUGAUUAAAUGUAAAUUUAGGUCAACAGUUUCUUACUGAUUAAUGACUAAUUAUUUUUAUUCAUAUUGAUACUAUUUAUAAAAAUUACUCAUAAUUAUUACAUUAAAAUUGUCAUCUUAAUUCAUACACUUGAUAAUUCAUGAUUUUUUUUUGUUGGUUCACUUUUUUCUAAAAAAUUUAUAAAUUUGAAUUUUCCCGGGUAUCAUAUCCCGGGGUCGCGAGUCCGAACGCGCCAAUGGAUUUUAUAAUUUUUGUAUUUUUAUAUUAAACAUAUUUUUUUUUUACUGUAUAAAAAUUUUACAAUAUCUUUCAAUAACAGGCAGUUUGACCAUAGGAUUGCCAAUAAGGGGCUGUGAUUGGAACGUGAUUUUUAUUUAAUGCUCUACAAUAUUUAUUGAUUAAUAAUUAAUAAUAAUAAUAAUAAUAAAUAAUUAAUAAUUAAUAAAUGACUGCAUUGAUUGAAAAAUAUUAAUAUUAAUAUUAAUAAUAAAUAAUAAAUAAAUAAUACUAAUAAUAAUAAUAAUGCAGACUCGCGGAUAAAUAACUUGCCGAAUGAUUCGUUGUGUUUAAAAGUGCAUUUAAACUAGAUUAGAUUGAGAUGAAAUAACACUUGAUACUAUAAUGAUAAUAAUAAUUACUGCCUCUGUAAUAAAUCACCGGUAGAUAAUUUAUGUGUUACUUGUAAGUGUAUAUUGUCUCAAUCACUUGUCAUCGCACUAGUACCACUUCCUUUUUUAUAUAAAUAUUACAUAAUAUAAAUAAAUAUAAAUUUAGUAUACAUGCAAUUUCGCGUUGUUGACUUCCCCAGGAGGAUAACGAAUGGUUUCUUUUUUUUUAUAUUUUUGUUUAAUUUUCUUUACAAUUAUGAAGGAAAGUCAGGACGUAUAAAUAUUUAAAAAAUAAUGGAGUGAUGAUUUGAAACAACGCCACAUAGUAUUUGAAAAAAAUAAAUUUUAAAAAUAGUUAUUAAGGAUAAUGUUAAAAAAUGUUUGUAUUGAUGUAUCGAUAAUUAUUAAUUGAUAGCCCGUCUAAUGUUUCAAUGGCAAACAGACUAAUAAAUUAAAUAAUAACACCAGGUUUAUUAACUUAUUUCAAGGACACUAUUAUGGUGAUGAUUAAAAGGAUCAAGAAUACAUAAAUAAAAAAUUUAUAAUAGUGAAAUAAUAUUGGUAUGAAUUAAAAUAAUUAUUCCGUUUAAUAAGCGUAUCAUGAACAAAAAAUAUUUGUAUGUAAAUGACAAACAAUAAAAAUAAAUAAAAAUU